GGGGGAGAACUUUUCUGCUUGCAUUUUAUUAAAGUCGAGCGACGUACAAGUGUGAAGUCAUGGACAAUCAAGUCAAAUAGCUGGUGGAGGAUUUUAUCGACACAACAGCGGGGCUGCAGCAGGUGGAAGCAGCAGCAGCCGCCGCCGAGAUGACCAACUUGAACUGGAAGCCGUUCAUCUACGGAGGGAUGGCCUCGAUUGUCGCAGAAUUUGGGACAUUCCCCAUUGACCUGACUAAGACGCGUCUACAGGUCCAGGGUCAGUCCCAAUAUACAGAGGUGCGCUACAAAGGCAUGUUCCACGCUCUCUUCAGGAUUGGCAAGGAGGAGGGUGUCCGGGCGCUCUACUCUGGGAUUUCUCCUGCCCUGUUGAGACAAGCCUCUUAUGGGACAAUCAAGAUCGGAACCUACAAUUCUCUAAAAAGGCUGUUUGUCAGUCACCCAGAAGAUGAAACCCUGGUCAUCAACGUCUUCUGUGGUGUGGUGUCUGGAGUCCUGUCGUCCUCGCUGGCCAAUCCCACUGACGUCCUCAAGAUCAGAAUGCAGGCGCAGGGCAGUCUGCUCCAAGGCAGCAUGAUGUCCAACUUCAUCAACAUCUACCAGACAGAGGGCACCAGAGGGCUGUGGAGAGGUGUCAUCCCCACAGCACAGCGAGCGGCCAUUGUCGUCGGGGUGGAACUUCCUGUCUAUGACAUAACGAAGAAGCACCUCCUUCGCUCUGGCUACAUGGGAGACACCAUUUUGACACAUUUCAUUUCAAGUUUCACAUGUGGCUUGGCGGGGGCGCUGGCCUCCAACCCUGUAGAUGUUGUUCGAACCCGCAUGAUGAACCAGCGAGUUAUGUCAGGAGGCCCCAUGUACAAAGGAACACUGGACGGCGUGAUGCAGACUUGGAAGAACGAGGGCUUCUUUGCUCUCUAUAAGGGAUUCUGGCCUAACUGGCUGCGACUGGGGCCUUGGAACAUCAUUUUCUUCAUCACCUUCGAGCAGCUGAAGAAUCUCCCGUUUUAACAUGAGCAGGAAGUGGGACUGCACUGAUCUGCCAGACUGUGACGGACAUAAGCGGGGUGUGAAGCACGGCAGCAUCUGGAGUUUUGGCACCAGUAUACCCACACUCCCUUCUAAAUCCAUACGACGAUACAAUGCAGUAUCAGUAACCUGCCCGUGCUUAUCCAAACCUUAUGUUGACUUCUCUUUUUCUUUUCUUUUUUGCAAAUGUAUUUACUGUCACUGAUUCUGUUGUAGUCUCACCCUCAACCAUAUUUGACACUCCCCAGGCAGCUAAAUAUUAAGUUGUAGCAGAAGACUGAAAGUUUGGAGGUCUAGGUUUAUAUCCUUGAGGAGGUGUGACAGUGGGUUUUCCACUGUGAAUUUGGCUAGUGAAAUCUGAACUUAAAAGACAAACAGAGAAGAGAAAAUAAUUCUGAUUGUAUUCUCGGGAUUCCUACACAGAUAUGGAAAAACAUGGGGAAAUUAUUUAUUAAUAGGGCUAGCAAUUACAAUCUGGAAAAAAUAUAGGGAAAAGCUUUUAGUUCAGUUCAGACACGCCUGGCCUACGUAGCUCGCAGAGUUUUGAAAAAGAUGACGAAUAUUGCAUUUGUGUGGGAACCCUGUCUUUUAAGCACAUAGACGUUGCAUGAAAUAUGUUGGGAAAGCUAUAACUGUGGUUUUAACUGUUAAAUGUUGAGGAAUGGCAUGGAACAGUGGUGCAAAUGAUAAAUAGACUGUAACAGAUAGGUAAUGUACAGAGAUAGGCUGCUUUAAGACAGAUUCACACUGACAGAGUGACAAAUCAGGCUCAACAGCACUCCAGACGAAAUACUGAAAAAUGAUAUUCAGCGAUAUGUUGUGAUAAUUGGUUUAGUAAGGUGUCAAAGCCUCUGAAAUUUUACAAAAUGUUUUCUUUUCUAUUUUAUUUAUCGGCUCUGAUCUUAAAGAUCCACUGAAGUUUUACUUGAAACAAUCAGAAAUCAGAACCAAAACCUCUGACAAGGGAGCGGAUACACAACUAAAACAUGAAACAUUCAAUCCAGAUAAGUAAAUCCUGACAAAGGUGUCUUUUGGUUUAUUUUUUCCGUUUUUUUUGCCUCCAGUCUGCUGCAGCAUUAGGAAGUAAAGAGGGCUAUUAAUAACCCACAAGACAACGAUCAGUACAUUAUGUAAAUUGCUGUACAGACUCAUUCACACAGAGGUGGAUGUAUUUUGUCGUAGGCAUGUCCAGGUGUACAUAGGAUGCCUGGUUGUGCUAUUUUUAACGUUGUGCACCUCUUUUGAGGUCAAGUCAUGGCAUUAAUAGGAAACAGGCAGAAAGAGGAAAAGUGGGCAGUUGUGCCAAAAUGUGUUUCUACCAAAAUUGGUUUUGUUUGCGGCUUCUUUUAGGCAGUGUAAAUAUUGAUUUACAGACAGACAUCUUUGCUAGAAAGUAUUUGAAAGUGAGUGUUGUUAGAAUAGGCUACUGAGGACAGCAAAUCGCUAUUUUUGAAUCAGAACCCUACCCGUGCUAAAAAAAAGAAAAAGGAAAAAAAAAAAAAACGACCAAAUGCAUUUGUUAUCUUUUUGGGGAUCUGUAGAUGAUCUGUUGACAUUAAUCCAACACAUUUUAGGAAUUAUUUAACAAUUAUGUAUUUCCCCUUGUUUGAGUUGCACAGUACAGGAGUACCACUUCUAGGACAGGUGACCUGUAUCACCAAAAAUAUUUUUCUUUGUUUGUUUAAAUCAAAUAUUUUUAUCUUUCAUUUAUACUACUUAUAUUAUACUAUCUUACCUUUUAUUCCCAACACAUUUUUUUAGACAGUUGGCCAAAUGUUUUCCAUCCUUGUUCAGAUGGAUGUCCCAAAAUUAUCUUGCAGCUAAGAAGAGAAGUCUCUCUUCUUUUAUAACGAUGCAAAUGUGCUGGAUUCUGUAACUGAUAUCCAUUCAAAAUAUUUUAUAAUGUAUAGCUUGAACAGUACCGGCACCUGCACUUCUACAUAUAUACUGUUGUAGGCAGCUUUGCUGUUAAGUUGUUUCUGUUCUUCGAUUCAUCUUGGCAUAUCUUUAUGGUCAUAUUUCAUCCAUACUUGUGUAGAAUAGAAUCCCCAGCUACUUGUUACAUUCCCCCAUCAUGUGUUCAUAUACAUGUAGGCAUGUUUUUAUGAUUUUGUGAAUCAUGCUUUUAAUUAAAAACACACACAUAUGGUGUCCUUUCUCCCUGAAAUUAAUCAGUGGUCAUCGGAGCUGCAGAAAUCUCACAAACAGUCUUUUAUUUAAUUGAUCGUACCUGCAGAAAUCCAAAAUUAAACUGAUAGUGUGUCGCAAUGUUAACGCUAUUUCUAGUAUCAUAGUUGAAAAUGUCACAAAUAGUGAGUAAAGAUGGGUAUUUCCUCUUUUUUUUUUUCUUCAUUGUGGGACAGUCGAGAUCAUCUACACCACACUUACAGAAAUUGAGUAUUCUUUGCAUUUUUAAGUGUCCUUCAUUUUAAUAUUUUUAGUGUGUAUGUGCGACUCAAAGCACAGUCCGAAUACAGUGUGCAAUUAGAGUCAAGCUGGUUUUCGAGGUCACUUCAAUUUUUGAAUGUGUGUCGAACUCCUGUUGUUGGAAAAUGUGUGUGUGGCGUUCCCGGUGUGUUUCUGCAUGUUUUGUUUGUUUUUUAAAAAAGAUUUUUUCGGCAUAGACGCCUUUAUUUAACAGUAGACAGACAGGAAACAGGAGAGAGAGGGGGGUGUGACAUGCAGCAAAGGACCUCCGGCCGGGAUUCGAACCGGAGUUGGCUGCGUAUGUGGCAUGCGCUCUAACCACUCGACCACCUGCGCGCCGUUUCUGCAUUUUUUAACGAGCUUUGUGUAAAGAUAUUUUAACACAGCCCAGCAGUCCUCGGAGAGAUGCACUGUUACAGCCUUAUAUUAAUUAUACGUGAUAAUGUUGCUUUAAUGUGUACACCAGUGCCUCAUUACUAUACCGAGUGUGAGGUUUUUUGUUUUUUUUCCUUAGUUACAGUCUUUAUAUUGUGCUUUCAGUUCUCAAUAUUGAAGUUCAUAUUUAAAAACAACAGUUUCAGUGCGUUUGUGAGGAGAUCUGUUUUGUUACCUCAGCAGUUUUGCCUUUCUGAGCCAUUUAAAUCAUCUGCUGACGGUGAAGCAUAGUACUAAGGUAGUAUCACAAUUCAUCUUUAAAACAUUCACCUUCCUCUAAAUUGUGUGCCGCAAGAGUUUAAACUUGUCAAGUGACCACAUAUUGUCAGCAAAUAGUCUGCUGAGUCUCAAGUGAAUGAAUCACAAUCUGAGUGUAGGGGUUCAUUUUAAGAAAUACGGCUUGGGCUCAGGCAGAGGUCAGAGGUCAGAUCAAGCUAAUGGCCCUGUGAGGUUGUUUUCAUAACUAAAAGUACAUCUAAAAAACAUGUUUGUUUUUUGAGUUCCAUUCACACAGGUGACAAAACAGCCGAUGGUAGCUCAGUACCAGAUUAUGUCAAUAAUUCAGUAUGUUGUUAUUACAACCAAAAGAAAUGGAACAAAGAGAGAUUUAACUGGUUUGGUGUUGGUUUCAGUUUUGAAAUGAUUAUUCACUAAUGCCAUUCUCUCGUUCCAGCUUCACACUUAUCUGUGAUUUAAAUCAAAUUCAAUUCAUUUUCAUUUUCAUUCAGACCAAUUCCAUUUGUCAUUGGUCUGACAAAACCAUCAUCUUUUGGCUCUCCAUUUUCCGAAAUUUUAUAGAUACAUUAUUCAUUGAUUUAUCAAAAAAUUUGGAAUUAAUGAAAUGUAAUGAAAAUAAUCAUUGGUGCAGCAUGAAUGGCAAUGCUUUAGAAAAGUGUCCGUGUGGAUGGAAGCAUGUUUGUUUUCAGAUAUAUCCACAUUAGGAUGGACAUUACUGGACGUGUAGUUUUUGUCAGUACUAUGUUGAUAUGUUACAGUAGAAUCAAAACUUUAAACAGUUUUGUAGGGAAUAAAAAAAACGAGAUACACAAAUUUUAAAACUGUCCAUCAAGCUGGCUGUUAAACCUGCAGUGUGGAACUUUUACAUAGAAAUCAUCCCUUACAUUCAAGCUCUACUAAACAAGUUCAUUGAAUGCUGAUUAAGCCUAUCGCCACCAGAUAAAUCUCUCUAAAGAGUUUUGACUUAAGUCUUAAUUUUGACAUUCUCACGCUAGCUGGAUGAGUGCGUACUGAGCACACUCUAUGGGCAGAGCAUACACACUAGAGACUACCGCCAGCUCUCUGCUAACUUUACUGGGGAUAAAAUAAUUUAAUUGUCAAGCUCUUCUACAUUUUCCAAAUGUUUUCGGACCAAUUAGAUCAAAUUCUGAUAGUGAAAUGAGUCAUUUCACUAAAUAAUUUAUCCAGAGCCUAAAUUACUUCAUAAGUGUGUCAACAAUGUUUUUGUAAUCACUCUUACCACCAGAAGGGAGAGACAAAAGUCCCACACUCCAGCUUUAAAGGUUUUUUGUUUUGUUUUUUAUGCUACCCAACCAACUCUCUUUGUGCACUUGUUUGCAGACUGUAGUGAAUGUUAUCGCUGCUGUGGUACUCGGCCUGGUAAAUGAUGAAGCUGAGCUUCAAACAUUUGAACUAUACAACAAAGUUGCACUGUAAGUGGCAGAAGCAUCACCCAAACUACUUAACUCUAAUGGUGUUUUUAGUAAUUUUGGUAAAUCAAACCUUUAAAGUGCUGUUGAAAAUGAGCUGACUGAUUUUGGGAAAUGUUCUCAUUAUCCAUGCUCAUAAGUCAUGUUCUUUUUACAGGAAGCAUUGUUCUCAGCUGGUCCUUUGUACAGAUGUGUCUGAUCACACCAGUUUCACAACACAGUGGGUUGUAUCCCAUUUUUGUUCAAUGUUACAUGAGCGGUCCAGCCUUGAAAAACGUCCAAAACAAUUCUGUUUCUGUCUCUGAUCGUCUCAUAGAUCAACUUUGAUUUGUUUGACUUUGAUUGUGAUUGUGCUGUAAAAUUCAUCAUGCUGGCAAAAAUGAUUUUAGAACUGUGUUUGAGAUGUGUUAAAUGUUUUAAGCUUAUGCAGAGAUUUAAUCUAUUUUCUAAUUAGUUUUGCUUUUUAUGUUGAUCUGUUUUGAUCUAUGCGCUUUUGGCUGAUGCUGCUUUCCAUUCCUGCUUGAAUUUCUUUUGGGGGGGGAAAACAAAGAAAAAAGAAUGCUCCUGCCACUGAGUCAGCUACAUUUAAACUCUUCUCUUAUUUGCCUAAUAAUUUAUUCCCUUCACCAGCAUUUUAUUUUCAUGGUGAACAACUUGAGUUCCCUUUAAUAAAACACACAAUCAUGUGUGAACAGCAAGCAGCAGAAAACAAUCUGAACUAAAGGGAAAUGUUUAUGAAAAAAAUGUUUGUUUAUGUUGCUAUAGUUUUUGAAAUAACAGUAACCAAGAUUAUUCUCAAUGGCAUAGUUGAAAAUUUUGGGGGGGAAAACAACAACUUUGUACUAGCAGUUUUUUUGGCGAACAACAGCCGGGGGUGGUGACUUGUCAUCACACUGCUCAGAAUUACUGGGUGCACAGUUAUUCCCCUAAAACUACAAAUUCUAGUAUUUACAAUUCUGCGUUUGAGUGGAUUAAACAAUUAGGAUUAAGAAUGUGUUAAUUGUUCAGGUUUACAGAUGCUUGCAAGUAUAUCUUUAAACUUUGGACAGAACCAGGCUAGCUGUUUCCCACUACUUUUAGUCAUUAUGCUAAGCUAAACUGGUGGGAGGUUCAUAGUGAAAUCGAACUUCUCAUCUAACUUAAUAAUUCCACUAUUUGGUGUAACUAUCUUAUCAUGUAAUACACUUUAUAUAAAAGCUUGAUUUAAUGAAACGUGCAAUCGUUGUGUUGAUAUAGAGGCACAGGUGCAAUUCCUGCGUCUUUAUUCACUCCACAAAUAAAUAUAUUGUUUGUGAUUGUGUAGCGCUUGACAACUCGUUUUUGAUAGAAAGAGCAUAAAAUAGUUCCCUUCUGACAACCCCAGAGAGCCGCUGCAAAAUAUUGUAUUUUUUUUUUUUAUCAGUGUGCCAUGUGAGCAGUUGUUUUUUUUCUUCUUUAAGUUACCUCUUAAAACCUUUCCAUCAAUACAUUUCUCAAAAUAUUGUAGUUUUAAUUUCAGAUGUCCUUUGAUUGCUUUACCUCAAAAGGAGUUAAAAAUCUGUCUGAUUUUUCACAAUUCCAAACUCACUUUCCCUUCAGACAUCCCCUUUUUUUUUUGUUUUUUUGUUUUUUAUCUUAGCUAAAGAACCCUUUACCUAUGUCAUGUUGAGAAAAAACUAAAACACUUACAUUGAUUAAGUUAAGAAGAUAUUGGUGUUUAGUUAAGUAUAAUCUUGGUCAUUAAGCAUCAUUCAUCCUGAUAAAACAGCCUGAACUUAUUGAGACAUUUUUUAUUGGCUUAAUUCUUAAUUUAAAGACAAAAUGUACAACACACCCUCUUCUAAACUAAUGUAGGUUGUUAAAAAGAGAGUUUUUGUGUCCCACUUCUAUUUAAAAGCUGUCUUAGAGGCAUUAGUCAAAAUGUUUCAGAUUUUAAAAUACUUUGUGGAAAUUGUUAUUAAUUGACAAAUCUGCUGUCUGACAGAAGAAGAAAAUCUAUGAAUAUUUUUGAAAAUUUCUCUUCACUUCCACAGAUCAUUUGCAUUUUGGUGUCUGUUCAGCUUGUAUCAUUGCUGUCUAUAACCUUGUUUUGCUUGUUCAAUUAAUGAAUUUCUAUGGAAGUUUCAAGUGGAGGUUUUUUUUUUUUUUUUUUUUGACAGAAUGGGUUUGGGUUUAUAUACUGUAAAUUCAGUGUACACUCAAAUAAAAUA